GCGGCGACGACUACACCCGCCCGGCGACACGCCGCUUCGAAAGCGGCUGUUUUGCCAUCCGGACAUACUAACCGCACUAUACAGCAGUGAAUCAUAUCCAUUCUCGACCUGCCAGUCAGAAGAUCGAACGGUGCUUCCGCGGCCACAUCACAUCUAUUGCGCACUCCUCAGUUUGUCGCACCGGCUGAGAAAAUCAGUCCACUGGCAGCUAGACUACGACGAGAAAAUGUCGUCUUCGGCCCUGGCGUCGGCCCAGUCCACGCCUGUCAAGCAGACCGCCACUGCUCCUGUCACAGACAGCCCCGGCAACUGGAAACAUCCUCGCUUGGCAGAGAUCACGCGGCGGCAGAGUCAGAACACCUUCUCAGAGAAGAACAUCAGGCAGAUAGUGUACAAUGCUGCUGCACUCGUCGGUCUUGGGCUAUUGCAACAAAUGGUGCUGCCGUUUGUGCCGUCGUGGGCCAUCAGCCCUCUGUUGAAACAGUACAGCAGCUGGAUAUACGCCGCACUUGUCCUAGCGCCGUUAAUCAACGUCGGCCUUGCACUGCUGCCGCUCCUCCGGCCCAAGGACGACCUCUCCGACAUACCCCUCACACCAGCCCAGCGGAAGCUGCUUGGCCUGCCACCGAGCUCUCGACCGGCAACGCCAGACUCCGUGUACAGCACGCCCCCGCGGUACUCGAGGACCCCGUCGCUGGCCGGGUCGCCCGCCAGCAUCAAGAGCUACACCAGCUCGCCCCUCUCCAACAUUGCCAGCCCCGGCUCCGGGCAGUACUCGUCGCCCAGGUUCAACACGUCGCCGUCAAAGCUCAACGCACCGGGGCAGCAAUACUCGCCCUCAACGAUCAGUCCGUUGUUGCACAAGGCUGUGGGCGGAGGGAUGAACGGGGCACGGAGGACAUCGUUUGGCUCGACCAGCCCGCUCGGCGCAAGCACCGCUUCGAGCAUGUUUGGUGAUGGACCCGCGACGCCGACGCCGGCGACGGGGAAGCGGUCUAGCGUGAGCCUGAAUAGCAAAUGGCUGUACGAGAAGGGCAGGAGGAGCUCGGGGAACAGCAGGCUACAUCAGAAUUUGUCAUGAUGACUUUGCUACCUUGUUUGUUCAAGAAGGGGUAGUACCUAGGUAUAUCUUAUCAAGCCAGCCUUGUAAGGUUCUAUAGAGGAACAUAUGCCGCACCCUGCUGGCAAAUCACUGUUGAAUGGAUAUGAAUGAGUUUGGCUUGCAGGUCGCCUUGUCUGGCUCAGGUGCAACACUCGCUUUAUCUGUCUGCGGUUUUUCUCCUUCCAAUUCGUCUCAUCUGUUCUUCAUCAGAUUCGCUCUGUUUCAUUUCGAGCGCUGCUUCUAGACUCCUCUUCUUGCUGGAUCCCGGGCCUCAACACGCGACAGCAGGCAUCGCGCAGUUAGUGCCACUCAGCGGUGGUUAUAGAGAUUGGGGAACCCGUCCAUUCUACAUAUCCCACUGGCUGGCGCUUGGUGGGCGACACCGGCUGGUGCGCUUUGGGAGCACGCACACUUUCAC